CGUGUGCGCCGUUGUUAUUUCGCCGACUGGAAACACGUUAAGUUUGACACGACUCACCGGCGAUAUUUGGCUUGAGCUUGUUGCGACAAAAACCUCUUCAUUUUCGGAAUAAUGUCCGAGGCCUUGUUGCAGUGGUGUGUGGACCAGUUACACCACAAGUUUGGGUUGGAGGCGUGUGAAGACAUCGUCAGGUACAUUCUCUCCAUUGAAAAAGCUGAAGAGAUUGAAGAAUAUGUGGGAGACCUCCUGCAGGGCACAGAUGGGAGAAAAGGGCUGUUUAUAGAUGAGCUCCUCGGCAGGUGGAGGAAGACUCAACGACAGGCCACAGAUGCCCCGGGUCUUUUCCUUUUCAAAGAAUCUGCUUCCCCUGCAGACAUGCAAGACACGACUAAAGACACCCAGAAAAAGUCCAAACGCAAGGGGCGUAACAAACAGGAGGUGAUGACUGUGAGCCAAGCAGAACCUGAGCCAGAAGCAGUCAAAACCCCCAUUGAUCUGAGGAGGGCGCAGGAAAACACUAGCACGCCUUCAUCAAAGAAGAAAAAUAAGUAUAUUAAUCUCUUUGCUAAAGAGGGCCAGGAUAGACUGGCCGUCUUGCUCCCGGGUCGACACGGCUGUGAGUGCCUCGCCCAGAAGCACAAACUUAUCAACAACUGCAUCAGCUGUGGUCGAAUUGUGUGCGAGCAAGAGGGCUCAGGACCCUGUCUCUUCUGUGGAAGCCUGGUUUGUACAAAGGAGGAGCAGGAGAUCCUUCAGCGGGACUCCAACAAAAGCCAAAAACUGAGAAAGAAGCUUAUGGGAGAGGCUGCAGAUAGAGAAUAUCUCCCGCACCAGGAGGCCAAGAUGAAGGCCGGAUUGGAGAAGGCAGUUCAGCACAAAGAGAAGUUGCUGGAAUAUGACCGGAACAGUGUCAGAAGAACGCAGGUCCUGGAUGACGAGUCAGAUUACUUUGCCACCGAAUCCAAUCAGUGGCUGUCGCCCGGCGAGCGAGAGAAGCUGAGGAAAAAGGAAGAGGAGCUGAGAGAACUUCGCCACGCCUCUCGCAAGGACAGGAAGAUCACGCUGGACUUUGCUGGUAGACAAGUGAUUGAUGAGGGAAACAACCUGAACGAGUAUUACAACAAGCUGGAUGAGACCCUGAAGGCCAUGAACAGUGACUCGAAAUCACCAGUGAGUUUUGAAAGAAGAGGUGAAAGGCAGACCCUCGGGGAACUGGUCAACCCCAACAUAAUGCAGCCUGCACCAGAGUGGGUGAAUGUUGGAGGCUUUGAAAGCCACAAGAAACCCAUGGAGCAGAGGAAGAGUUCGGCCGAGCACAAAGCAGGAGACGAACGUUCGAGGUUGCGGCUGCAGGACAAAGAGCUGCAGGAGAUGUCUGAUGGGGGCUGGUGUCUCAGCAUGCACCAACCAUGGGCCUCACUGCUAGUCAAGGGCAUAAAGAGGGUAGAAGGACGGACCUGGUACUCAUCACACAGGGGUCGUCUCUGGAUUGCUGCUGCAGCCAAGAAGCCCACGCCUCAGGAGAUUGCUGAGGUGGAGGCCAUGUACCGCCACAUCUAUAAAAGAGAACCCAGAUUUCCUAAAGAGUAUCCCACUGGCUGCCUGCUUGGCUGUGUCAACAUGACCGACUGCUUGUCUCAGGAGCAAUUCAGAGAACAGUUCCCCGGUACCUGUGAGGAGUCGUCCUCUCCAUUCGUCUUCAUCUGCACCAACCCCCAGGAGCUGCUGGUGAAAUUCCCCAUGAAAGGGAAGCACAAGAUCUGGAAGCUGGAGAGUCACUACCACCAGGGUGCCAAGAAGGGGCUGGUCCCAUCAGCUGCAGAGUGACGCUGGAGGAAAAGCUCAUGGGGAGGAACAGCCUGAUCUCACGGGAACACGGAAAAUUAUGUUUUCUGGCCACAUUCUCCACUGGGUUGUCCAAAUAUUUUAUCAGGAGUUGCCAUUGCUGACUUAUUCCAUUGAGCAACGCUGACUUUUAAAAAAAAAUCACUUGUUUUUGCAUUUUACGUCAAGACUAUUGGAGAGAAAUAUGCAGUUCAAAGUUGUAAAACUAUCCCUAUUCUUUGUGAUUGCAUAAAUAAAAUAAUUUUUGUUCUUCA